AUGAAUGAAAGCAGUGAAAAGCUCAACAGUUCUCUCAUUCUUCCUUUCAGUAAGGACUAUGAGUUCUGUUCAAAUGGUGUUUAUUUCUAUUGUGGAAAGAUGGGUUCAUGUAAGACAUUUAACCUCAUUCGUCAUAUACUCAUAACAGAGCGUUUAAGAAACGACUCUUACUAUGACCAAAUCAUUAUAUCAGCAACUUCAGACUCUAUGGAUUCAACAGCGAAAACAUUUAUGUCAAAAGUUCAAGCCUCUGUCGUUAAAGUUCCAGACAGUGAACUCAUUGAAUUUCUUCAACGUUACAUUCGACGUAAGAGAAAAUAUUAUGCCAUCGUUGAAUUUAUACAGUCAGGAAUGCAAAAGACUUCUGAGGAGAUGGAAAGAAUUAUUGACAAACACCACUUACGUCAAUACUCAGGAGUUUACGAUAUGAAACGACUUACAAACUACAUUCUGUCAAAACUUUCAAAAUACCCCUUCAAAAAGUAUCCUUCAAACACUCUGCUCGUUUGUGACGACUUCGCCGGAAAAGGUUUAG